AUGAUUGAUGCGGGAUUAGAUGUUCUUAAGGUGCUUACGAAAUUACAAAAAACGAAACAGAAACGUCGACCACGCGCGGUUCAUGGACAACACAACCGACUGGAUGCUGCGGCUGGACUAGUAACGCGCGGAUCAACAAGAAGAAAAAAAAGAACUACACUAGUAAUCCCUACCCCCUUGUUCCCUAGUACACUAUCUACCCGUCUCCCCUGCUACGCCCGAACCCCGCAGCCGCCUCAGAAUUUCGACACCGCUCGCCCUGCUGGUGCACCCACCUGCUUCACGACCCCGAAGACGAGGACCAGAGAACAAGAGGAGGCUUGAGGAGCAUCGGAUAAAAGAGUUUUUUCUGACAACGUGAACUCCGUCGUUUCUGACAACCUGAACUACUUGCACAAGAACGUCCGGAACCACACGUCGAACAACAGCUCCGCCAGAACUUUCUCUGAAAGCCAGAACUUCUCCUUUCGUUUACAAGUACAAGGCUUCAUUUCACCGUGCUGCCUCUUCGUUCCGGCCGCGCGACUGCACAGUGGUAGUGGAAACAAGUACCGGAAAACGGAAGAGGAGGAAAAGAGUGUCACACCACAAACGACAGUCACGACACAAACGGACAGGCAUUUGCUGUCAGCAGACAAAGAAGAUGAGCUAUGGGAUCUGUGGGCAGCAGAGCCGUAUAGGAAUUAGAACUGAAGUGCAUCGCUGUCCUCCCCUUUCUAUCUGGUUCAAUUCCCGCGUUCUGAAUUUCAAUUUCAGUUCCCUGCUUUGCUAAGUAGCCCCACUAGUAUUCAAUUUCAAUUUAUUACAAGUGCCGCCCCUCCGUACUGACGUUUGAGAACGCGUUUAGUAGACGAGGAGGCACUGAUUCUGAUCAGCCUGAGCCAUUGCACUGGUUGCAGCCUCGACCGGCGUAGUGAUGCAACAAUCCUGCGGUCGGCGAGAAUACUUCGCCUCUGCAUCUCAUGCCUACAAUCUAAACCUUCAAAGAUAAAGAACUUCAACCAGAGAGGGCACUAGAAGUACUGGAGCUGACAAAAGAUAGUUUGUCAAGCAUGUAUUAUGAUUGGAAACAAACUCGGGAUCAACGAGCUUUGCAAAAAGGUGCGGUUUGGCACGUGGCAAUGGGG